CCAACAAUGUUAAAAACUACACACUCGUGCAUCAGUGUUAUGGUCCUACAUACCUGGUGGUGAGGUGGAGCGAGCGAGUCCAGCAGCCACUGGUGCACCGCGCACGUCUCACUGUCAGUCAGUGGAAAACUCGCAGUGCGCGCGAACAUACUCGCCAGGUGGAGACCGACUCGAUCUCUCAGACGCUCGUUCGCAGCGGAAAAUGCAGUUAGUGUUGAAACGCGCCAAAUUCUCCUGAUCUUUGAGCGCCGCGAGAGUCCACAAUGCAAACGCUGCGGGAGAAAUUCAGCACCGGCCCCGAGGACAAGAAGAAGAAGUACUGUUGCCGAUGGCGAUCGUUCCGGUUCCUGUUGCUCUUCUUGAUCUCGGUGCUCCUCAUUCUCUUAGCCUACGAGUUCAAGUCCGACCCUGUUGAAGAGGAAGAAGGUGGCGGCGGCGGCCACGGCAGAGCGCGUUUCCUCGCCAAUUCGUCGCUUUAUGAUGGCAAUAACUCGCGGAAGGCGGUGUUUGACAUCAACGACAUCAUCACGCACGACAGGUGGGUCGUUCUGCAGCCUGACGACGGUAACAAUCUGAGUGAGGAAGUGCGCGAGUCCUUGACGUGCGCCGUGAUUGAGGCAAGUUUCGACCAAGGUUGGCGCCCCUUGAUUUUGGCAGAUAGAAGCGCGUGUUGCAGCAAACCGCGAUGCGUGUUGCUGCAUUCGGAGAAGAGGGCGCGUUUGCCGUACGAGACAAGGAAGUUUUUGGAGGAUUUCAGAGAGACGAGUGAGAAAAAUAAGCACUUGCAGAGAAACCUUGCGUACCUCUUUGCCAUACAGCAUGGAGCCCGGUUCGUUUUGGACUGGUACUUGGAGGACCAUGACCUCACAAACAUUGAAGAGUAUCAAAACAAAACGAUGCAGCUUUUGCAGUCAACAACCCUUGAUAUUUCGUUGGGUCUGGUUUUGGAGAGCCUUUCCGAGGCGCCGCUUUUUGCAGUUUCUCCCAGACCAACGAGGCGUCUCUACAACCCCCAUUCACACUUCGGCCGUCCUGAUUUAUGGCCACCUGGCUACCAACCACCUAGCCAAAGAAGUUUGGUGCACACCUCUAGGAAAAGGCCGUUUUUGCCAUGGGCUUUAGAGACGCAAAACUCGCGCAUGAGAAACCACUCAAAAAUCGAAACUUUCUCCAAACAGAGAUACAGGGUCUGUGAAAUCAGACCUCCUUCAAUUGAAUUGUUUUUGAACCAACCCGAGGAAGGAUCGUUGGAUUUAUCAGCACCCCCUGUCACAAUUCCAAGUGACACUCUCUCCCCUGCCUCCUCAAAAAUUGCAAUUUACUCUGGUGACGCGCUGUGGGCACUUGCUCUGCUUCCCAACUCGGAUGACGACAUCCCUUACCAAUUACUGCGCACCCUCUGGAGCUACCCAUUGGUUGCCAACAUUGCUGCUGGAAUUAAAGUGUCGCUCAGCCCUCUUUCUUCUGGAAUACCUUAUACACCGUCGAUUAGUAAAGGCAGCGCAGAGUUGACGAACGCUGUAAUGCGUUGGAGGUGCAACAGCCGCAGCAUUUUGACGUGCAUUGUGCUUUUGAGUCACGAGCUCGGCCCCAAAUUCAGCGAAAACGCAAGCGGCCUCCUCAGCAGUUGGUCGAACGACCUGAAAAGGUUGCGAUAUUUGGAGCCGCCUGUGGUGCCGCUCAGGAGGGGUGGCAUGCAGUCUCCUUGUUUGGGCCAUCACGGUCUUGGCGGACUCACUUUUCAGGCUGCUUCGUAUGGAUCGGCAAAAACAACUUCGCAGACCAAAAGAAAAGAGCGCCAACGUCAGAUUUAUCAACAUUACGAGCAAGAUUUUAAACUGCUGGAGUGGAUGAGUAGAUUGAAUUCAACGCACCACAGCAACAAAUCGGUCUCCCCUGACGAAAUGGAAGAAACGAGCAGUCCCAUUCCGCCCCUUCCUGUUGAACACGUUGAGUUUGUGAAUUUGGACGAUUCAAAACAAGAGUCUGUGAGCAGUUUGCAGAAAGAAAUCGUUGACGAAAUGUGCCUCGGAUUUUCCAAUAUGUUACCCAUUGUUUCUCAAAAGCACUUUGAGAAAACCCUAUUAAUUGUGGCGUUUGACAGUGACGAAGUGUUUGAGCAGUUGCCUAUGAUUGAUGUAAUUUACAGGACGCACUUCCGCAACAUCCUGUACUGCGGCUCGCCGCACGCCUCCCUGAACACCUAUUUGCACAAACUGCAGUCGGAAAAUAGGACCAUCUCGUACCUCCCUGCCAUGACUCCCGGCUACGAGUGUUUGGUAGGGGCCAUGGAAAUGGAUUACCACGUUGAGGGGUACUUGCUGGCCAGUGCCCACAGUCUUCUUCUACCCGAAUCUCUGAAAAACCUUGACAAGAGCGUGUUCUGGUACGGCAACGACGAGAAUAAUCUUCUCAUUUCAAAGAAGAGCUGGCGCGACGUUGAUCCUGGCGGCAAGAAAAUCCCAAGAAUUAUGACCUCAGUUGUGCAGGCGCUCAAAUUCGUGGCGCACCUCGUCGGCGUCCACGAGGAAGACCAUCACGAGUCCGGAAUGGAGGACGAACAUCCCCACUCCUCAGAAGAGACUCCGCAGAUUCCGAGUAACAAAACCACCCCAUCAGAAGUUGCACUGCCUGAGGAGCACAGCACACAUUUUGAGCUUCAUUUGCACGCCGAGGGUGUUUCACCCCUGACAAAUCUGACGGACUACGAAACAUUUGGAAGUGGUGGUCCAACAGAAGGCACAACAAAAUCGAGUGAAACAACUGUGGUAGUUGAAGAAUUGCACGAUGGAAUCAACAAGACUGUGAUCGAUUUUGUGUCAAUCGAUCAUGAGGAAAGAUUGCCGUCGGAAAACAGCACCUAUUUGGCCGACUCAAAACCAGAAAAAGCCGAAGAACAACCAGACGGCGAAGAGGGUGCAACUUUCAUCGAGUACGACGCCACCAGUCCAAUUGUUCCUGACGCCUCGCCUGAAUCCAUCAGCGAGAAUCCGGGUGAAAGUGAACUGGUGCUGAAUGUCUCCACUCCGAACGAGGCGCAUCCCGCCUAUUUGGAUACCAAGAGCCGCCAGGUGUUCAACCUGAGUCUUCCUGAGGGUCCGGGAGACACCCUGAUCAACCCUGUGGAGGACGAAAAGGGCUCGUUUGACCUGGAAUCGUCCAACAACUACGCGAAACGAACCGCCGAAGGGGCUGCCCUGAACCGCACCCGCCGAAAAGCGCCUCUCGACCCUGAGGUUUUGAUUCAAGAGAACCGGGUCGUGGACGGCGCUUUCAGACACAUCGAAGACCUGAUCGGCCUGGUCUUGUCCAAGUUGGUUGCCGAGGCGGAGACGCCCAGUCUACCCUAUCAGUUGCCGCACCAAAACUCAAUGCGUCUGGACCCUCGGGAGUUCAAACACCUGAGGUGCGGCGACCACAACAUGCCGUCCUUCUAUACCAACAAAGACUUGUGCACGUCGCUGCGCCAAUUUUUCAGCAACAUCGACCGCCUGUACAGGAGUGAGGGCGGCGGUUUUUUGCCUUCCUACAACCACUACCCGGUGUACUACGUGCCUGUGGGCCAGCAGAAGGCCUUCUACCUGUUGGCCAACGUGUUUCUGCAAUUCGGCGUACCUGACCAGGUGGCAGUUCCUCUCAUCCUGCAAGGCUUGGCCAACAACAGGGUCCAUCAACUGACACGGACCUACUUCGGCAGCGACACGCCGGCCGUGGUUGAGCCAAGUUAUCCGCUGUUCGAUGAGACCGCCAAUUAUUUAUUCCCAGUUUAUCUGCAGAGGGACCUGCACGGUGACAAGCGGCUGCGAACCAUUUUCUGCCUGAAGUAUUUGUACAGCAUUCUGUCGUGAGAGAGAGACUUUAUUCUUUCGACGAGAGCAAUUGAAAUGUGAUAUGUAUAACUUUCUUGCAUGGAGUUUCAAAUUUUUGUUUGUAAUUUUAUUAUUAUAUAUAUUAAAUAUUAUAUAAUUCGUGCAAUAGUUUACAUCAGAAGAAAAACGAUAGGUUGGCUUUCCCGUUGAAUUGUAUUCCUCUCAAUUUUCGACCCAUCCAUUCCAUGAAAUAAACCUUAUGAAAGUAAGGGUUGUUUUAAAUGACUUUUUACAUUCUGAAAUCCAGCAAAUGUUCCUGAUGUCUUUACCUGGCUCAUUGUAAAAAUCAUAAUCAGACCAAUAAAAACAAUUAAAAUUGUUGAGUAAUUGAAAAAUGA